AUGGACGUGCUGUAUAACUUAAGCUCCACGCCUUAUCCCGCUGCGCUCAACGCAGCCAUGCUGCUGGCGACCCCUAUGAUUUCACCAGCUGCUUUGUCGCCCAUUGGUGCCGGUCAGUCCCAUACGGGCAUCUUCCGCGUGUGGUCCCGCCCUAAGUUCGUGGGCCCCACCACGAAAACAGCGUUGCUGUUCGGAGCAGCCCAGGCUGUAGGGUCCUGGAUAGUCUACGACGGUGACGUGGAAAGCGGUUCCGGGUUUCUCGGAGCCUGGUCUGCGUUGUAUUUGAUCGUUGGCGGCCGUGGUUCCAUCAAGGCCCUCAGAUAUGGCAGGGUGUGGCCCCUGGCCCUCUCCUCCGCCGCCCUGUCCAACACUGUGGUCUACACCAAGAGGUUUGUAUCCGGAGGUUUUAGCUAG